UUGAGUGUCAAAUACUACUAUUAAUAAAAUCUCCUCUUGCUUCUUCCUGGACCCUUUCACUUUUUUCCUUUUUUAGAUUUUCUAAUCUUCUUUUUGUCUCUUACAUUAUUAUCUCAUUCUCUGCAUGAUUGUUGAUCUUACAGCAGGCGCCAGUACCCAAAUGGGGUCACUGCAAACAACAAGAAAUCUUUCAUGUUUAUGUGUAUCAGUUAGAGGAGGUGUACAGGGUUUGAGUACUGUAGUAAGGCAAGUGGGGUUCAAUUCUUGGUUAUUGCAGGGGCGAAUUAGAAGCAGAAAGAUCCAAUCUUUAUGUGUUAGAAGUUCCUUUAAUAAUGCUGGUGGUAGUAGUUCUUCAGAGGAGAAGGGUCUUCUUUUGGGUGCUGAGAGGGAUGACUCUGGUUCUGUUGUUGGUUUUCAACUGAUUCCCCAUUCUGUCACAGGUGAUGCAACAAUUGUUGAAUCUCAUGAUAUUGUAGCUGAUGAUAGAGAUGACUUGAGUGAGGAUGCUGAACAGAAGGAGAAAACCCCAACCAAAUUAACAUUCAAUAUCAUUUUUGUUACUGCUGAAGCAGCUCCGUAUUCUAAGACAGGUGGUUUAGGAGAUGUUUGUGGUUCUUUGCCUGUAGCACUAGCUUCUCGGGGUCAUCGUGUAAUGGUCGUCUCGCCUAGGUAUCUGAAUGGAGGUCCUUCAGAUGAAAAAUAUGCUAAUACUGUUGACCUUGAUGUGCGGGCUACGAUCCAUUGCUUUGGUGGUCCCCAGGAAGUAGCCUACUACCAUGAAUACAGGGCAGGUGUUGACUGGGUAUUUGUGGACCACCCUUCUUAUCGCAGACCUGGAACGCCAUAUGGUGAUAUAUAUGGUGCAUUUGGUGAUAAUCAGUUUCGCUUCACUUUGCUUUGUCACGCAGCAUGUGAAGCACCAUUGAUUCUUCCACUGGGAGGGUUCACUUAUGGAGAGAAGUGCUUGUUUCUUGCUAAUGAUUGGCACGCUGCCCUGGUUCCUUUACUUUUAGCAGCCAAGUAUCGUCCUUAUGGUGUUUACAAGGAUGCUCGUAGUAUUGUCGUAAUACACAACAUAGCACAUCAGGGAGUGGAGCCUGCAGCAACCUACCAUAAUUUGGGAUUGCCUCCAGAAUGGUACGGAGCACUUGAAUGGAUAUUUCCCACGUGGGCAAGGGCGCAUGCGCUUGACACUGGUGAAACAGUCAAUGUUUUGAAAGGGGCAGUCGCAAUUGCUGAUCGGAUACUGACAGUUAGCCAGGGGUACUCAUGGGAAAUAACAACUCCUGAAGGGGGAUAUGGACUACAUGAGCUGUUGAGCAGUAGAAAGUCAGUUCUUAAUGGAAUUACUAAUGGAAUAGAUGUUAGUGAUUGGAACCCAUCGACAGAUGAGCAUACUGCUUCACAUUACUCCAUCAAUGACCUCUCUGGAAAGGUCAAAUGCAAGACUGCUCUGCAAAAGGAGUUGGGCCUUCCAAUUCGACCUGAUUGUCCGCUGAUUGGAUUUAUUGGAAGGCUGGACUACCAGAAAGGUGUUGACAUAAUCCUGUCGGCAAUUCCAGAACUUAUGCAGGAUGAUGUCCAAUUUGUAAUGCUUGGCUCUGGUGAGAAACAAUAUGAAGACUGGAUGAGACAUACAGAAGAUCUUUUCAAAGACAAAUUCCGCGGUUGGGUUGGAUUUAAUGUUCCUGUUUCUCAUAGGAUAACAGCAGGCUGCGACAUACUAUUGAUGCCCUCAAGAUUCGAACCUUGUGGUUUAAACCAAUUGUAUGCAAUGAGAUAUGGCACCAUACCUGUCGUUCAUAGCACUGGGGGCCUAAGGGACACGGUGAAGGAUUUUAAUCCAUAUGCUCAAGAAGGAGAAGGUGAAGGUACCGGGUGGACAUUUUCUCCUCUAACGAAAGAAAAGUUGCUUGAUACACUGAAGGUGGCGAUUAGGACUUACGUUGAACAUAAGUCAUCUUGGGAGGGGUUGAUGAAGAGAGGAAUGGAAAGGGACUAUUCCUGGGAAAAUGCGGCCAUUCAAUACGAGCAAGUAUUUGAAUGGGCAUUUAUAGAUCCUCCAUAUGUCAGAUGAUUUAUUAAGAAAGAAUAUAUUAUUGAACAGAAGGGAAAAAGAUACCAGAAUACACUGAGCUUUUGGUGAUAUUAGCUGCGGGCUUAUGUUAGUGUGUAAUGUUCACUUAUCAUUUUUUAUUUUUGCUGAGAAACUAAGUUAGUUCUAAAGACAUAUAGAUGAUCUGUGGGGGAGAGAAAAUGACAGAAACCAAGAACUGCCACUUUGGGAGAAUAGUGGAAACAUGUACAAAGAAUUUAAGGUCUAUUAUGAUUAUAUCCUCUUUUGCGUGUGAGGAGAGGCCAAUUGAUUAAUAUUGGUUCUCAUUUUCUUUAAUA